AUGCGAGGAGAAGAUCGACGAGGCGGUGCCGGAGGCGGAGGAGGCGACGAAUACCGGGAACAGACGAGGAAGGAAGUGCGGGUAAUGGGUAUGUUCUCAUGUUUUCAGAGUCCAAGAGCCAAGAGAAAAUGCCCCUCGUUCUCGCCUUCUUGGGCAGAUAGGAUUCGCAGGUGUUUCACUCCCGAGUCGCCCAGUUCCCCCAUAGUUCGUGAGCAUAAUCACCAGCCACCGUUUCUAUCGGAUCUCGCCAGUCAGCAAGAAAUUGAGCGGCGUCUCGAUCCGUCCCCACGUCGGGCAUCUGCUGUGCCUCGAAAGCUUUCCCCGCCCCGUCAACUCGCUCGACGAGCAGAUCCCUCCCCGCCUCCUGGGCCUGUGGUCGAUGAUCGCAAUCCCUCGCCCAGCCCUCAGCGUGCCCAAGUACGGAAUCCUUCGCCACCACAUCGGCCUGUUGCUCAGGCUCGCAAUCGCUCCCCGCCUCUGCAACCUGCUCGACAUCGAAAGCCUUCUCCACGUCGCAGAGCUCCGAAACUCAGAGUCCGACAUAGUUCCAAUUCUCGCCAAGUAUCGAAACCCAAACUCAAAGACUACUCUCCUCCUCGUCCAGUUUCGAAAGCCAGAUUCCGAGAUUACUCGCCCCGUCGUCAACCUGCCAGCGCCGAUUCCCGAGGGUCUUCUCCUCCUCGUCAGCCUUCCAGAGCCGUACCUUCAGAUUCUCCUCCUCCUCGAGCUUCGAUUAUUGAGCCUCUAGAUUUCACCCCUCCCCGUCGAGCAGCAAAGCAUAAGCAUCCUUCUAGAUCUCCAGCACUGGAGUCGAGAAAGCCAUCGCCAGCACAAAACGCGGCACCUCAGCAAAUCCCAGGCCCUGCAAAAGUAACUGAGCGUCGGAGGGACACCCCGCAUCCGAUAGUGCUGCCCAAAUACUCACCUAGAUCUCCACCGGAGCCUCGAUCGAACGCAAAUGACGUCAGCUCGAAGCCCGUGAGUCCCAGAGCCCGCCGCAAUCAGUCCCGGGAACGCCAGAUGGAGAGGAAAGGAAACCAGGACCACAUAACCAACAUUUGGAUAGACCACCACGAUACAGAUCACGUUCACGAAUGGGAAUCAGUCGAGCCAUCCCCGCGAGGCCAGAGGCUAGCCCGCGAGCUGCAGCGGGAGGCGGCGCAUGAUCGGGCGGUGCAAUCGAGGGGGCAGUCCGUGACAGAGAGCUGCGCGGACUCCUACUGCACUCGCGCAGAGAAUCCCCUCAGACAGAAAGUGCACGAGUCCAAAUUCCCCUUCGGCACUCCGGAGGUCCGCCCCAUCUCGCCUCCCGGAUGGACGUACUCGCCCAAGCGCAAAACCUCGACGGGCGAGUGGUGGGACAAGGACUGGCCCAAGAACAAGCGCUACAUCUUCCAUGACCCCAACCUCCAACCCUGCGGCUGUCACUGGUCCAAGCGCCAUGCUGGCAGCCGGACGCCGUCGCCGCCAACCAGCGCCCGAGCUCGAGGGAUGGCCUACGCCGACAGUGUGGUCAAGAUCAACCGCGACAGGUCGCUGUCGCCGCAGAGGCGCAGUCCGAGGAUGGUGCCGGCCCGGGACGAGCCGCCCCCGACUCAGAGGCCCAGGCACAGGCACGAGCACCUGAACUGGUCCUGCGACACUUCGCGAGCCUCGUCCCGACCGGCCUCCAGACCCAAAUCCCCGAGGCAGGCCUACAGCUCCGGCAGGUCCACUCCCUUCGCAUCUCGAUCUCCCAGGCCCCGAUCCCCGCCCCAGGCCUCUCCUUCUUCUCCCGGCGGCUACUGCGUCUCGUUUUCGCGGUCCGCCUCUCCCGUCAGCAAGCCGAAGCCCGCCGCCCAGUCGUACUCUAGCUCGAGACCGGGCAGCGCUCGGCCCGUGAGAUCUCGAGCUUCCGCUCCUGCCCGCCAGAGGCCCCAGCAGCAGCACACGCACAUUUACGUCUCGUCGUCCAGCGGCUGCUCGACCCCCACCAGCAUCUGCGUUCAGAGCCCGUCUGAGAGCUCCUCGGGGGGGAAGGCUCGGAGUGUGAACAGCAUGGGCCACUGUCAUAGUUACGGGGCAUGGAAUUGCUCGCCCUACGAGGAUCCCCCUCCUCCCAAGACCCGAACGCCCACGCCUCCCAGAACCCCCGACUACACGGUAACCAUUACGUGCCCUCAGAACGAGGAGUCGAUCGACACCGAGUCCGCGACGGACGAGGUGUCGCAGGACUCGUACCAUUGCCACUGCUCGGUGAGCCUUGGCUGUCGCGAUGACUGCCAUCGUGCUCCCAGCGUGCUCAUUGCAGGCAACUGCGACUGGCACCACGUAGCCCACCACCAUCACUGCUACCACCACCACCACCAACGAGCUGGCCACUGUUGUUGCGCUUGUAGUCACCACGAUUGGUGA